UCGAAGGGGAUUAAGGGGUUUAGGGUUUAACGCAAGGAAAGUAGAUACAGACAGAUAGUUGAAAGAGAGAGAGAGAGAGAGAGUGCCUGUCCGUGGAGUAGCAGGUCGGGAUUGGAGAGCAUAUUAUGUUCUGUAAACCCUAAACCUAAGCCCUGCGCUGGAUUGCCCUGUCACUUCGGGCGGCGAGUGUCCAAAUCACUGUGAGUGGUCGCGCUGUUUGCUUAAGCCGGAGUGGGAGACGCUAGGCUAGGAAAUGGAAGGAAAGGACAGGUCGCAGGGUUGAGGUUUUGCUCGUCGCUGGCAUAGAAGUCGAUGUGUUGAAGAAAUUGCACGUCCGACAGGCAGGAAUAAUUCUCGGAAGUGAAGAGCCGGUUGCAAGGUAGCGAGGGAACUGGCGAUGGCUUCUCCGGCUGUGAGGAUAUCGCGUUCCAUUUCUCGAUCUUGGUCCUCUGCGUUCGCAGGGAUCUCAAGAACUCUUGCUGCUUCUCCCAACGUAAUACAGUCGAGAGGCUACUCUGAUGAGGUGUCGAAAGAUCCCUUCUUAGCCACCCCAGCUCCGGCGGCUGAAGAACCAAGUCUCUCUUUUGACUCACCAGCAGGUAGUCCUCUAUCGGAUGGAUUCCCAGAGCCGGCACCGAAACGUCCUGAGCAAACUGGCGGGUUCAAUCGAAUUGACUACAGAAAUCAGUACCCUCCCAGGAACUAUCGAACGCCUCGUGGAGUGUACAAGGCCAUUGUCCUCGGAGAAGUCGGCCAGCUACCGAUCCAAAAGAUUUUAAAAAGCGGGAAGUCAGUGACCAUAUUCUCUGUGGGUACAGGUGGUAUGUUCAACAACAGAAGGCCGUUUGAAGGCGAAAGUCCUCAAGAAUUCGCAGAGAGAAGCUACACCCAGUGGCAUAGAGUAGCUGUGUAUCAAGAUAGGAUUGCAGGACUUGUCAUGCAGCACAUGAAAGUUGGGUCCCAAGUGUAUGUGGAAGGUAACAUAGAGUGCCGAGUAUACAACGACCCCAAUAGCGGAGUUAUCAAGCGUAUCAGAGAGGUUGCCGUCCGGAACAACGGAAGACUGAUGUUUAUGGAUGGAACUGGUGCCUACUCCGCCCCUGCUGAACCUCCCAUUCCAGUUCACGUUAAAGAUGAGCCGUUUACUGUUCCCCCGGUCGAACCCGUGAACGAGUCAUUAUAGAUGUAGAGAGGUUUCGAUGUUAAAUGUUUUACCGGGUUUAGGAUAGAUUAGGCAAGGAGGACACAUGACUUAGCAAAGACAUAGAGAAUGAGCUGGUUUGGUUGGUCAUCCAACGAUCGAGUCCGUCUCCGAUAGUAGAAAGGGGACUCUCUGCAUCGACAGUUACACGUCUCCCCUGUUAUAGCUCCCAACAAUCAUAUCAUGAGUACUCCGAUGGAUUUUGAGACGUUGAUCUCUCGUAAAGCAGCUCUACCUAAGUAGGGCAGAUCAAUGAUUCAUACCUCAGUGUGGAGUGAUUGACUCAGAUUUUGACAGAUUUACCACAAUGUACUACCACACCGGAAGAAAAAUUCAAGCGCGCAUUCUCUGAGUAAAUGUGAAUGCCCUCAAAA